AUGCAUACCAAGUUUCUUCUUACAAUCUCUAUUAUAACAAGCACUCUUUUUUUCUCCUCUGAUGCUGCCCCUGCACCGGCAGCUGAUGAAGGUUUAGUCAUCAUCGGCUCCCCCCCAGUCAGGGCCAAUUGGACUGAAUCCAGCUUCUUGCAAUGUGUUAAGCAGCUAAACGGCUUUAAGUCAGCUAAUGUCGUGGAUGACAACAUUGCUUUCAAGUGCAUUGGUGUGUAUGGCAAUGGUGACUUGAGCCUCCAUGCUCCCAGUAGCAAGAAUGCCGAUAGCUGUCCAGCAAAUUCUCUCCCUUCGACCUCAGAGGAAGUCGACAACAAGAGCUGUGCCAAAGAACUCUCGAAGAACUUCGAAGAAGCCGCCCCCUUUCGUGCUGCCGUUGAUUCCAUCUGUCACGACCUCGUCGGAAGUUUAAUGGACAAAGGAAUGAACCAUAUCACUCACAAAUUCACGGAUGCCUCUUCUAAAUCCGAUUCAUGGCUGUUAAAGAACAAGAAGGUCCUCUUGGAAGCCACGAUGAACCUGACGCCGCAGACCCGUGCUGCUCUAAAAGCUGGCAAGAAGAAGACCCUUGGUAUCUCGCAUCAUGGGAUCCCUUAUGACCGGGCCACGACAACAGGCGUGAAGGAUGGUGUGGUUGAUUUGUUUGUGGGCAAUGCCGUGAACAAGAUUGGUACUAUCGCCCUGUCCUGGUCCAAGCCUAAACAACCAUAG